AUGUCAAACGCUAGUUUUCGCCUGGAAUCCUUUCGGCCAUGGAAUCCUUUCCAGGACAAAGCCCAGCCUCUGCGAGAUUCUCUCGAUAUUUGCCGCUACCCAAGUCCUGUCUCGAUGACUCCCACCCCACCUCCCUCCAAUCCUGUCGACCCCGUCUCCAAGAGUCAAAAUCUUCAUGCCCACGAACCUGGACGGCAUCCUCUUCCUGCCCGCCCGCCGUUGGAGGUUUGCAUGGAUGAUGGCCUGCAUUCUGACGCACAACCCACUCGACACGAGCCGGAGAAUUUGAGCUUUACCACCUUGACCAGUCCUCACGCCGAGACCUUCGACUCUGAAGACGUUUUGCAGUUGCAAGACCUACCGAGCACCGAAGAUAUCGAUUCUGCUCCAAUACCCGAUAAUGGUUGUCUGGGUGCUGAGCAUCGAUCCCCCGGUUUUGAAUCGUCCGACUUGGACCCUGGCGUUAUUGUUGGCCAGCACGCUCAAGCCCUCGGUUCUAGCAAUCACAUCCGGACUGGAGACCUUCUAGGCAAUGAAGCCAUCGAUCCCGCAAUCCUAAGCGAUCAUGGCUGCCCUGAUUCUGAGCAUAUCCAAGCAACGGAUAAUAUCACUAGUGUCGCAACACAUCUGGACGAAUGUCCCUCGAAUUGCUCUCGCUUCCCGAAUCGAGACCCGUCUUUCCAGCGCAGUGGACACAAUACAAAGGAGACGGUGGAUCAUGAUCGCCAGUCCUCCAAAGUACAGAAAUUUUCACCUACAGGGAAGAGAAAAGCAAACAAUAGUUCCUCUCGGCCUACUAGAGGGCCCGGUCGUGGAAAAAACGGUUCAUUUCCUGCCGUUCGUGCCCAAUUCUCGGCCCUUUCGGUUGAAGAUCGGCUACAGUUCCUCUCUUGGCUGUUUGAGGGUGCUCUAUCACACUGCGUUUCUACGCGUGCCAACACAGAUGCCACCUCGGGAUCAAGAUCCAUUCCGAGUCAACACGUGGACAUCUCCUACGACUAUCCAAGCUCAAACACCCAACUAGUUGAUACGCAAUCUACCCCUACCAGGAAAGGCUUACCUACGCCACAUUAUGAAGACAAAAUUGGCAGCCAGGAUUCCAAGCAACCCCCUCAGAAAGGGUCCCGCGCUAGGAAAACGACCGGGCCAUCCCGAUUACUGUCCAAGGACGACAAGCUUUUGAUUGAAUUGAAGGAAGAGCGGAGCCUGCCAUGGAAGCGAAUCGCAGAGUAUUUUCCUGGAAAGUCGGAAGGCUCCCUCCAGGUGCGCUAUUGCACACGCCUCAAGGGCCGCAAGGCUGGAAAUUCUGGGCAUUCUGGGCAAAGUUCUAACGUGAGCGGAUCUUCAUACAGAGGCGCACCUUGCGAGGCAGUUCAAGCCGUGGGUGGCAAGACCAAAGGCAUCGAAGGUGUGUCAAGACCGCGAUACGGUCCACCUCGGCGCAGGCAAACGGUGGACCGCUAUUCCCCGGUUUGA